UGUCAGGUCCUCUUCGCGGCGAAGGAGGAUACCCUCGGCGACUUUCGGGUGUCGCUCAAUCCCGCGUACAAUGGUACACAACUGGGUUGGGAAGAAGCCCCGUGCUCGUACGGAAUGGUGGUGGAGAGUUCAUGGUACAACUUCUCUACGCCGGACCUGUUUGGGUAUGAGGUGUUAUCCAAAAAACUCCAAAGGGGCGUCCCCUUUGUUAUCGAUUUCAGCGUUUUGGCCGACGGCGCAGCUAUACGUCCCGGUUUUGGUUUCGGUACAUUUGAUUUUUGGAGCGGCUCAUGUCCGGCGGAAGGCCAGCGGGCACCUCCGCGCUACGCGUGCUCCAGCAGCAACAGCUAUUGUGCCAACACAAGCAAUACAGAUGGUUACACCUAUGUCUGCAAGUGCAGGAAGUAUUACGAGGGCAAUCCCUAUGUCACUAAUGGAUGCCAAGAUAUAGAUGAGUGCAAAAAACCUGUUUUGUAUCCCUGCUAUGGGGACUGCAAGAACCGACUUGGAGGCUACGACUGUCCAUGCAAGCGCGGAAUGAAGGGUGAUGGCAAAGCAGGAACCUGCAAACAGAUAUUCCCCCUAAUUGCUAGGGUGAUUGUGGGUGCAAUAGGUUCUAUUAUUUUAUUAGUUAUAUUAUUUCUUGUUAUUCUUCAAAAGGAGAAAAGGAAGACCAGAGACUUCUACCAAAAGAAUGGUGGGCCUGUUUUGGAGAAGGCAAAAAUUAUAAAACUUUUCAAAAAGGAAGAGCUGAAUCCGAUUUUAAAGAGUAGCAAUUUUAUUGGAAAAGGUGGGUUUGGUGAAGUUUAUAAGGGCUUUCUAGGUUGUUGCCUAGAAGUUGAUAUCCCAAUGCUAGUGUACGAGUUCCUCCCUAAAGGUAGUCUAGAAGACAUUCUUCAUAGUGGCCACAAGAUGCCUAUCAACUUGGAUCUGCGUUUAAGAAUUGCUGCAGAAUCAGCAGAUGGUCUAGCUUAUAUGCAUUCAAAGACCACUACUAAGAUCGUACAUGGUGAUGUUAAACCAGCAAACAUACUGUUGGAUGAUAAAUUUGUGCCGAAGAUCUCAGACUUUGGCAUAUCAAGGUUGAUUGCAAGAGAUAAACAACAUACCCUAUCAAUCAUUGGUGACAGAAGCUACAUGGAUCCUGUAUAUUUCCAAACAGGCCUACUAACUGAAAAAAGUGAUGUUUACAGUUUUGGAGUUGUGAUCUUGGAGCUUAUCAGCAGGGAGAAGGCCACACAUUCUGACAAUAAUAGCUUGGUAAAUAAUUUCCUUGAAGCUCACAAGAAUGAGAAGAAAGCAACUGAGUUUUUUGACAAGGAAAUUGCAGUAACAAGAGAUCUAGACCUUCUUGAUAGUCUAGCGGAGAUGGCCGUGGAAUGCCUUAGCCUUGAUGUGGAUCAGAGACCAACAAUGACAGAGGUAGCAGAGCAACUCUUCAAACUGAGUCGAUCUCGUGACUUUUAA